UAUACCGGUAUUCAUAAUCUGUGCCUCUUUUUUUAUGGGCUUCUCGGUGUAAUUAUCACAUACUCAGCAGUCCUGAGAAAAUCUCGUCUAAACUGUCUUGAAUUCCUGCUGAAUGGCUGAAGCCUUCGUUACAGACACAUCAAAGUUGAACCCAGAGUCUGCUGAGUUUGUACCGCAAGCUAAAACCAAGCAGCCCCACUCUAGGAGAAGUUACAGUCAGCUGGACCACAGUCAGGACUGGGGGGCUCAACAUGUUAGGCCUCAUCCUCACUUUAGACAGUUCAGUGCGACUGAUCACAGUCAAAAUGAUUUUGAAAACCCUGCCAGCAAUACAUUAUUCACUCCUGACCUUGCCAUCAGAGGAGGCUUAAGAGGUAGAGGCAGAGGAAGACAAAUAGGAGGACGAGUAUAUGGUGGGCGCAAUAAUGAUCGUCACCCUCAGAGUGAGAGAUGGACAAAACGUGGAAGUGAUAGUGACUGGUCAGGUAGGGGCCGUGGAGCUGGUGGUCCUAAGCGACCCAACACGCCCACUUCUAACAGAUCGACAGAUGAGGAGAAGGAAAGAACAACUGUGGAAGCAGAUGUAAGUAAGUCUUAUCAAGACAGCCGACGGAAGAAGCCCAAUAAAGUAAGAGCUGAGAGAUCGAUAAAUGAGCCUUUGCCCAGGAAUAGGGAGGAGAACCAAGAAAACCAGGGUGUUGGAGGAGACGCAAAGCCUACAGCAGUUCAUGAACAUCCAGAGUCUGAGCAGAGGAACCAUAAGGGAUGGAGAGGUGGAGACCGCCGCAUACAGUCCAGUUCCCAGAGGAAAGGGCCGAUGCCUAACCAUGGGAUUGAGGGUAACUGGAGAGAAAGAGAACCUGUUCAGAUCAGAGGAGAGGAGAGGAGAGGUGCAGAAGAUGACAGUGAAAGACAUGAGGAGUCCAACAGGAACAGAGAAGGUGCGAGAGGGAAACGGGCACUACUGCAGAAUCCAGUGCCGAGGAGAGGUGGAGGGCCUGAGCGAAGAACAGGACCGGUGAAAUGCAUGGAGCCUCCCAAAAGCAAAGAAACACAGACAGGUUGUCUAAUUGAGCAGCUUACAGAGGAAAAGUAUGAGUGUAUGGUCUGUUGUGAAGUUAUCCGGGUUAUGGCUCCGGUUUGGAGUUGUCAGAGCUGUUUCCACGUAUUCCACCUUAACUGCAUCAAGAAAUGGGCUCGAUCACCUGCAUCUCAAGCUGAUGAUGGCAUUGGCACUGAAGGUUGGCGUUGUCCUGCAUGCCAGAAUGUGGCACUGAAAGCCCCAAAUGUGUAUACCUGCUUCUGUGGGAAGGUGACCAAUCCUGAGUUUCAGCGCACUGAGAUCCCUCAUAGCUGUGGAGAUAUGUGUGGGAAAAAGAGGAGUGGAGCGGAAUGCAAUCACCCCUGUAACAUCUUGUGCCAUCCUGGGCCCUGCCCACAAUGCCCUGCUUUUAUCACCAAAUCCUGCAUUUGUGGGAGAAUGAGUAAGCAGGUGCGUUGCAGUCAGGCAGGACCUUUGCUUUGUGAAGAAGUCUGUGGGGCUCUUCUGAACUGCUCAGAGCACUCCUGUGCCCAGGUGUGCCACUCAGGGCCAUGCCAACCCUGCCGACUUCGUGUCCAGCAAGCCUGCUUCUGUGGUGUGGUGUUCAGGGAGGUGGCAUGUGGAACUGAUCAUGAGAAUUUUGAUGGAUCAGGAUAUUUCUCCUGUUGCAAGCCAUGUGGAAAGGUGCUAGACUGCCAGUCUCAUCGCUGUCAGCAGCCAUGCCACCCUGGGCAGUGCCAGCCGUGUGCACUCAGCCCCAAGCUGGUACGCAGUUGUUCGUGUGGACAGACUCCACUCUCUAAGCUUCUAGAGCUUGGCUACCCAGAGAGAAAGACCUGUACUGACCCCAUCCCCUCCUGUGGCAAGACCUGCAACAAGCCUCUGCCAUGUGGAGAUGAUGAUUCUGUCCACUUGUGUGAAAAGCUCUGCCAUGAGGACAGCUGUGGGCCAUGCUCUUUGACAUCAUCUAUUAAAUGCAGAUGUGGCAGUAAUAGCAAGGAAGUUCCUUGUGCAGCGAUUCAGACUGAAGAGGACAUGGUGUUUACCUGUGAGAAACGCUGCAUCAAGAAGCGCUCUUGCGGCAGGCACAAGUGUGGAGAGUUGUGUUGUGUGGAUAUGGAGCAUAAGUGCUCAAUGAUUUGUGGCUACAAGCUCAAUUGUGGUCUACACCGAUGUCAGGACCUUUGUCACCGUGGCAACUGCCAGCCUUGUUGGCAAACCAGCUUUGACGAGUUGGCAUGCUUCUGUGGGGAGACUGUGCUCUUCCCGCCCAUCCCUUGUGGAACCAGACCUCCUGAAUGUAAAAACUUGUGUACCCGGAGUCAUGAUUGUGAUCACCCAGUGUUCCAUUCAUGCCAUAGUGAUGAGAUAUGUCCUCCCUGUACCUACCUCACUAAGAAGUGGUGCAUGGGUAAUCAUGAGCAAAGGAGUAAUAUCCCAUGCCACCUACAGGACAUCUCAUGUGGUUUAGUGUGUGAGAAGCUCUUACCUUGUACUUCUCAUCGGUGUAAGAGGAUAUGUCACCGCGGGGAAUGUCAGGCAGAUGGAGAGUGUAAGCAGCCAUGCACUCAUCCUAAACCUGGCUGUGGGCACCCCUGUGCUGCUCCCUGCCAUCCAGGAAUCCCCUGUCCACCCAAUAUCUGCAGUGCCAAGGUGGCACUGCAGUGUGACUGUGGCCGCAAGAAAGAGACCGUCCCUUGUGCUGAUGCAGCCAGUUCCUACCAAAGAUAUGCAGCUAUUGCUGUGGCCAGUAAGCUGUCAGAUAUGCAGCUGGGAGAGUCUGUUGAUAUUGGACAGCUCACAAAGAAGGAGCAGAAAAAGGCCAGAUUGGAGUGUGAUCAAGAGUGCGCUACACUGGAGAGGAACAGACGGCUAGCUGAGGCCCUGCAGAUUGAUCACACAGUGGAUCCCUUCAACAAGUCAACAUCUUCCAAAUUUACUGACUCUCUCAAAGAGGAUGCAAGGAGAGAUUUCAAGUUCGUCAGUGAAGUUGAGGAAGAGAUUAAAAAUUUAGUUGAAUUGGCUAAUAAGGGUAAACCAUCUAAAAGGAGUCACUGUUUCCCACCUAUGAAGCGUGAACACCGGAGAAUUAUCCAUGAGCUAGCUGAGGCAUAUGGUGUGGAAAGCGUCAGCUAUGACAGCGAACCCAAGCGUAAUGUAGUGGUCACUGCUAUCAGGGGGAAAUCAGCAUGUCCUAACUCUACUCUGGCUGCUUUGAUUGAAAGGGAAACUGUUGCCAGAGCCCCUCCUCCCAUUGCCCACAUCAAACAACACAACAGCAAGGCUGACAAUAGUAACGCUUGGAUGAAACCAUCUAAAGAGGAGCCCACAAUUGAUUAUUUUGAUGUGCAGGAUUGAUAUGGAAUUUUGAAUAGUCACUGUAAUAACAAUCACAAAAUAAAACUUUCCAAAGUC